UACUUUACUGUUCAUGUCGUUUUGUUGUAAAACACUCAACUCAAUAUCAUCACGUGCAUCACCCCCACCCCCAUUUCCUUUCCUCAUUUUCUUAUCAAAUCAACCCUUACCCCUACCUAAAUACUUUCAUCCUCCAAUGAAGAAGAUCAAGACUGUUGAUGUAACCAAACAGAUGUUUGUAUCAUUUGUUAAAACCAGCUGGAACAAGAAUGGCAACAGGCUUUUCAUUCUUAGAGAAGCUAGCCAUAUGUAUGGACUUCCUUUGCGUUGAUAUUCAUUUACUUAGUAAUAGGGAGAUCAUUAUAAAUUGUUUAUAUAGUCAUUAGGGCAGUGGAGGAUGACAUGUCAAUUUUAGAAAAUAGCUUACGUUAGAUGAGUACUAAUUUGGGGAAAUUGUGUUAAAGUAUGUAAUUUUAUUAUUUCAUUGUUUGGGACUUAUGGAUCAAUGUGGAAAAAAGAGAAAGGGAGUCGAAAAUGUAACGGCUAAUGUCUUUAGGUCACAUGUCUCAUUAGGGGACUGUUCGAAGAAAACAAAGAAAUGCAAGGAAGUAGCAGAAGUAAUACAAAAAGAUAUUAAUCAAAAAGGCUAUAUUAAAGGAAUUGUGACGGCCCCGCCUUUUGUAAACCUGUGUUCUGACCCUCGUGGUAGAGGUCUGAAAAGGAAAAUAGGGUGUCUUGACUCAGCUACUAAAAUGGGCAGGAAGAAGAAAUUCGAGCAAGACUUUGAUUCUGGUGAAACUAUUGGCCAAGGGAAGUUUGGAUCCGUUGUUAAGUGUAGGAGUAAGGUUAGUGGGGAAGAAUUUGCUUGCAAGAUUUUACAAAAAGGGGAGGAGAUUGUGCAUAAGGAAGUUGAGAUCAUGCAGCAUCUUUCUGGUCAUCCUGGAGUGGUGACGUUGAAGGCCGUGUAUGAAGAUGUUCAAGAUUUUCAUCUUGUUAUGGAACUUUGUUCUGGUGGUCGGUUGCUUGAUCAGAUGAGGCAAGAUGGUUUGUUUUCAGAGCAAAAAGCUGCUAAUUUGAUUAAGGAAUUGAUGUUGGUUCUUAAGUACUGUCAUGAAAUGGGUGUUAUUCAUCGUGAUGUAAAGCCUGAGAACAUCCUUCUUUCUGCAUCUGGUGUGAUUAAGCUUGCAGAUUUUGGGUUGGCUGCUAGAAUCGCUAAUGGUCAAAGUGUACACGGUGUGGUUGGAAGUCCCGCAUAUGUUGCCCCUGAAGUUCUUACAGGUGGUUACUCGGAAAAAGUCGAUAUAUGGAGUGCUGGUGUGGUCCUCCAUGCACUUCUGGUCGGUUUUCUACCAUUUGGUGGUGGUUCUGUAAAUACGAUUUUUGAGGCUGUAAAGAACGUGUCCAUUGAUUUCCAAAGUGGAUUAUGGGACUCAGUAUCACAAUCUGGUCGUGAUCUAAUUGGACAUAUGCUAACAAGAAAUGUAUCCGAAAGGUACUCUGCUGAUGAAGUACUGCGACAUCCUUGGAUCUUAUAUCACACCAAACCAACUCUAGAGUUCCUAACUUUUAGUACAUUGACUUCACAACAGCUGACAAACAUGAUGGAAGUUGAGUCCCAAAGGAACACUAACUUCUUUAGUGAAAGUUCUACUUCAUUGUUCCUACAUGACAUAUCUAAAGACGAAGAUUGUUGUAUGGUUGAUGUGCUUGCUUUGGCAAUUUCACGUGUAAGAAUCUCAGAGCCAAAACGAAGCCGAAUACAGAGUCCUACAAAUCCUGCACAACAGGAACAUUCCUCUAACAUUACUAUGAAGAGUCUAUGUACAGCAUUUUGAUGGUAUGGCUUCUAAUUUGAUCGCUUUUUCGUGUAUUAAUAAGCUUUUGACCAUUUAGUUUGGAAAAACAUGGAACUUGUCGAUCAUCAUGUAGAUAGAAUAGAUAUAUAUUACUGUCUGUUAUGGUGAGUCUUGUUUCUCCUAUAGUCAUGAAAUAUGUACCUCUUGUAUAAUGUUUCAUGGUCGAAAAUAGUGCUUGUAUCGUUGAUUUAGGUAAAAUUUCAGUUAAAAGUUCACUA